AGUUGAAAAUUUAAAUGAAACAAGAAUUCUUUCUAAAUUAUUAUGGCUCCUAAAAGUAAGUUAUCAAGCGAGAUAUUUCGCAGUAUUGAUUACGAGCCAGAUCCAGAUUAUAAAACAACAGCCAGCUGGCCUUACGGUUUGGAGGAAAAGUUUCGUUUUCUGCCGAAUUUUGUCCCCAAAGUUCGACGAGCUGGUAGCUGUAGUGACGUCUCUCGAUAUGAGCGUUAUUUCAAUGUCGUGAAUGCCAACAGUCGAAAUACUUUCUCCUGGAGACAUUACUUGAAAAUAUUGCAUGAAGGACUAAAAAUAUUUGGCAUCAAGAUCAAGAGGCUGCAUAAAACUAGCUCGGUUUCAUAUUCUGAGAAAUCUGCUUAUGCCACGCCUCCCGAAACCUUUAUAUCUGACACGCCAAAAUCAAAGAAGAGACCAUUCUUGAGCAAAAAGUUGGAAUGUGGUCGAAAGCGUGCCUGUGUAUCGUCUGCUGACGAGAGCGCAAGUACGGCAACCAAUAGCUGUUCUUCCUUAUUUUAUCCAGGUGAUCGCUGGCUGAAAAAAAUAUGCACUGAGACACAGACUCUAGCUCAGAAGAUAUGUGAAACUGCCCAAGCUGUCACCAGUGUCCCAGCAAAAUGCCCUUGUUGCGACGCUCCUUUGGGGAAACGGAAGCAUAAGCAUUGCAAAGAGUCUCUGAAAGGUGUCGGUGACAUUUUAAAGCAACAGAAUCCCCAGUGUUUUAAUGAUGAACGUUCGAAAGCUUCUAGCAUUGAAUCUCUGUCUUCUAUAACGGACGUCAGUUCUGUUGGAGCGGGGGAACUGCUAUCGAAGAAGAGGUGGCGAAAGUUCUGCCGUCGUAAGAAGAUGCCUACAGUGCUCUGAAGCAUUGACAGAAAACCAUACCUCUCCUUCUAAACUCUACCAAAAACUAACAUACAAAUAAACUAAAUUGCAUAACCUACACAUAUACAUAAAAAAUUAAGCUUGCAUACUUAAGUGUCAU